CUUUUUUUUUUCCCCUUCUUCUACUUGAAGAGAGGGCUGGGUCCGUGUCCGUACUGAGCACUGCCUUGUCAUUGUAGUCAGAGGGAAACGCGUGGUCAGCAGCAAUUUCACCGCAGCCUUACUGUUGCAUUUUAGGUGCAUGGUAGAGUCCAAAGUUGGGCUUUAAACAAUCAUGGAUACUGAGAAGAGUGCAGAAGUUUUAGAUGCAUCAGAGACUCCACAAGAGGACACUGCAAUGGAAAAAGAAGAAAAAUUGGAGAUGACCGCAGAAUCUACCGAGCCUGAGAAUCCACCAGCUGCUGUGGAAGAGAUGGAGCAGCUGGCAGUGAACAGUCAUGCUACUGAAGUGGUAAGCAUGAAAGAAAAAGACGAGCCGUCUGCAGCUGAAAACAUGACACAGGAAAACGUAGAAACAACUAUUGAGAACAGCUUGGAAAAAUCAGGCAUGGAGUCAGUAACCUGUGAGAUGGCACCACCAAAACCAGAUGAGUCAUCUGAAAAGGUAUCUGACCCAGUUGAAGCUUUAACCACAGAACCAGAAAACACUGAACAGCCUGUGCCAGAGAAUAAGCCAGAGCCUCUGGCAGAGAGCGUUCCUGAACCUGAGCCAGAGAAGUUAGCAGAAUCUGUUCCAGAAACUGAACUACAAGAGCAAACAUCACCUGUACUAGCCACAGUCCAGCAGCCAGUUGAUACACAACCACCCAGCCAAGAGGAGAAAGGGUCGGAAAAAGUGGAAACUGAGAAAGAACUUCAAACUGCCGUGGAGCCUGAGGCAAAGAUGGAAGCAACAAAAAUGGUUCUGGUGACAGACGUGUCUUCAAAAGAGCCAACAGAAGCAGCAACAGUAAAAAAGGAGGCAUCAGCUGAGAUUGAGAGUGGGGAGCCACAGAAUGAGAAGGAAGGAAACUUCGAUACUUCAGAGUCUGCUGCUACGAAUGGAGCUGAGCCCGCAGUUGAAGCAGAGUGUGCUGAUUCUGAGCAGAAAGCCGAACCUCAAAAAGAGGAAGAUGCUGUCCCUGCAUCUGGGUCCUUGUCAUUUGCUCUGUUAGAACAGGAGCAAACCAAAGAUGCACUGAGAGUCUCUCGUACCCUUGUUGUCCUCAGAGGCCUUCCCGGAAGUGGUUUGAGCUUCUUAGCACGUGCCAUCACAGAUUCCUACAAGAACCAGUGUUCUGUUAUCUGUGCUGAUGACCAUGGUGUGAAACCAGAAAAUCCAGAGUCAUCUGCAGAUGGUUACAAGGCUCUGGAUGAGGCUGUGAUGGCCUGCUGCAGUGAAGGGACGGCUUCCGUACUGAUAGUGGUGGAUGACACCAACCACACCCACGAUCGGUUGGCCCGUCUUGGGGAGAUUGCUGAAGAAAACAAUCUCGUUCCCAUCUUCUUGGAGCCACAAACUGAAUGGAGCAGAGAUGUAGCUCAGCUGAAAAAAAAGACAAAGCGCGGACUUGAACAAGCCCAACUGGAAGCAAUGAAAGCCCCACUUGAGGAAACAUCCCUUCCUCUUUACUUUGGCUGGUUUUUCCUGUGUUCCAUUGAGGAAAAGCUUAGGUGCACAUCCAUGGACUUCCUGAAAACUCUGGACACCUUGGAUGCCUUCAAGAAACACCUGAGUGACUUCACUAGGAAACCUGAGGAGGAGGUGGACCUGGAGCAGUACUUUCAGGCCAAGGGACCCCUCCACUGCACUACAAAAUUCUGUGACUAUGGAAAAUCUGAGGGUGCCAAAGAGUAUGCACAGAGUCCGGCUGUUAAAAAUUCUUAUGGUUCUGUGUGUGAGCUAUCAAUGACAGCUCUAUUUGUCACUCCUCGCACUGUUGGUGCCAGAGUGUCGCUCACUGAGGAGCAGCUUCAGCUUUGGCCAGCCGAUGCCGAAAAGCAGGUAGAGGCUGACGUCCCCGCCACCGCCGCCAUGCCUCUGGGAAGCCGGGCACACGUUACACUUGGCUGCGUCGAGGGCGUUGAGCCAGUUCAAACAGGUAUAGAUCUGCUCCAGAUCCUGGCCCUGCAGCAGGAAGGUCAGCAGGGGGAGCAAGUGGAGGAGAUGGAGCUUGGCUCGCUCGCCUAUUACGGCGAAGGAAGGUGGCUGCUCAGCCUCCGAGAGCCCAUCCGUGCACCCGCCUGCUUCUCCAGCUUCUACGGGCCCAAGGAGCUUGAACCAGCCAAAAAAGAUCCUGAGAAGAAAAAGAAGCAGAAGUGCACCAUACUGUAGAUGCACAUAAUAAGGGAUGUCUGCUCUCUGAAUUAAGUUAGGUUUACUUUUGUGCAAGGUUUGUGCGUGAUUGUGCAGCAUUGAGGGUUUCGGUUCUUGCCACCCUAAAUACACAAACUCUGUGCCUUUUUUUUUUUUUCUUUUUUUCUUAAUAUAUAUAUGUUGAUUUGCACCACAACCCAAGAUGCCUUCAGCUGUGUUAGGUUUGUCAACAUGGUUCAGUAUUUUGUCGUCAGUGCCAGAAAUUAACUUCCUGGCAGUUUGCUGAGGUCUUAUUAGCUGCAAUUCUACAUAGUAUAGCUUCCUCACACAGCUCAGUUAUCUACACUUUAGAUUUCCUCCUCUUUACACAAGUGUUUCUCAAUAUUUAGACGUGAUAAACUAGGUACUUUUAUUGCAUGCAUCUCUUGUUAACUAUCAAUAUUUAUACAUUACUAAUCUGCUAAAAGUAGCUCUGGACUGACUAAAUUUGUCUGGCAUCUCCUUUGACAUAGUUUUUAAGGUGACAAUAUUAGCUGACAUGUCUGUAUUACUGUUUGCUCAGUCUAGAAAAUAACUGAUACUGCAUGGGCCAAAGGUAUCUAUGUAAGUACUACAACAAAUGGCAUUUACAGAUACCCUUCCUUGUAAAAACCUUUGCCUUGUGCAUGGUUUAAAGGGGGAGUUCUGAUGAAUUUGGCAUUUGUUUCUGCAGCUUGCACUUAAUACUUAUGAAAUGCUGUGAAUCUAAAUCCAUGUUUUGAAACCCUUUUCUAUUGCGCAAACCUUUUUGAAAAGCACUUCAUGUAUUGCAUUUCAAUUUGUAUUCUCUGUGACUGUAAUUUUCAAAGGGCAAGUCUUACUCUGUAGCUCUAAUGAAUCACUAUUUUUGCACUUGUUUUGUACACUUAAUAAAAGGUAAACUAAAAGAAAAA